GACAAACACAAGCAAAUAUCCGAUCUGGAAAACUGUCUCUCCUCUGUGAAGAUUACCGACUUCAGGAACUACGAGUUCUGCGGCUUUAAGGAUAAGAGCUGGAACGAAGUCGUGGAGACACAUCAGAAACUUCCUACUGAUCAAUUAGACUUAAGAAAGCAGCAAGAGGCUGUGUGGGAGCUUUUCACCAGUGAAUGCACGUAUUUCUUGGACCACUUACUAGUCCUUAAGAUGAUCUUUAUGAAUACACUAAAAUAUCUGCAAAUGCAUGAAUUUCUCCUGGAUGUGGAUUUAUGGAGACUUUUUGCAAACCUGGAGGAGUUAGCUCAGACAAGCCUUGGUUUUGUGAACAGUCUUUUCCGCCUCAUCAGAGACUACGUAGAUGCUUCAGAGACUUUACCUUCAAUGGAUUUUAUCUCCGUGCUUACAAAGUAUUUCCGUGGGAGCCUCUGUCAGAGCCACCAGACCUACUGCCUGAACUACUCAGCAACUGUCUUUUACCUUGACAGCCUGAGGCAGAGAGAUGACUUUGGAAUUUAUUUAAAAUGGUGUGAGCAAAAUGAGCAAUGCCGACGUCUCCACCUGCCAGAGCUGCUGGUGGCCCCACUGCACAGGCUCACACGAUAUCCACUGUUGCUGAAGAAUAUCUGGAAAAGGAGCACAGACCCAGCUGAGAAAGUCAUGAUCUACUCCAUCAAGGAAAGGGUGGACAGGUCAAUCCGGGACCUUGAAGGAAAAGUAAAGUGGCUGGACAAUUUCCAAAAAUUUAGACAACUACAGGAGAUUAUAGUGUGGCCUCCACUUUGGGAUAGAGAUAAAAGGUUUUUCAUUCCAGAGGGUUUGAAACACAUUUUUAAGGAACACAUGGCCGAAAACAUCUUGUCACCAACCAACCGACACCUUCUCUAUGAAGGCAAAUUAACUCUUGCAGAAAGCACGAGAUUCCUAGACGUCUACCUGUUUCUCUUUGAUGAUUUCCUCUUAGUUACCAAAACUAAGCGCAACAAAAAGAAAGUUGGGGGCUCAGACGCUAGUUUAAUGUGUCCUUCUCUUACUCCUGAGCUGCAAACCGUAAUAAAGGAGGGUGGUUCGUGUACAGUGCUCGAUCAGCCUAUUCCUCUCGAUAGAUUGGUGGUCAAAAGUAUCGAUCCACUCCACGUGUCAGUCUUUGGGCUGAGAAAUGCUUUUCUCAUACAACAUGAGAACAGAUACCGCCAGUGUAUAGCAGCAUUCUUAUUGCAAGCCCAGACGGAAAACAUCAAAAAAACAUGGAUGGUACAAAUAACAACAGCAAUCUCUUGCUUCAUCAAGAGUCAGGAAACCAAGAAAAUCUCUUUGUUCACAUUGCCUGCAGAAUCCUCCGAGAUUUAG